AUGGCCCAAUCCGUUCCACCAGGAAACAUCCAAGCCCAAACAAAGAGACUUGGAGUUGAUGCACCAUGUAGUGUGCUCGAUCCAAAGGAGGAUGUGCUUCUCGUUGUCUCGUAG